AUGGACCGCUCAAUACAGCGGGAUCGUUCAACUUCGCCGGCGAGGUCACUGUUUUCACGGCUCUCUCGGCCAGUCACUCCAAUCAGGACUUUAGCAUCACCACCACUCACUCAUGAAGAAGCUGAAGAGUUGAUCUCGCCGUAUCAAUAUCACUCUGGAUAUACCUAUGCUAACAGCUUGCUAUAUCGAGACUCAAUGGCUGAUAGUGAUGUCUACGAGAUUCCGAAUCUCGCUCGAGGCUUAGAUCGACCUCGCUACACAACAGUGAAGCUAAUAAAACGUGUAACGGUUUGGGAAAGGAUAUGGAUAUUUUUACAGAGCUUUGCGAGUUUCUUGUGGUCAUCAACGGCAAGCACAACAGCGCUCAUCGGCUUCUUGUUAAAACUUUUGCUAACGAUUCUUUCGAUUCCUGUCUACAUUCUUGUUUUGGGUUUUAUUUAUCCAGUCUACCUCAUCACUCGGUACGCGAUUUGGAAAACGCACUUUGUCUGCUGGAAAAUCGUUUCUGCGAUUGGGAUCGUGAAACGACACGUGCACUUUUCCGAUUUGGAUACGAUAAAGGAUCAUGGAUUUGUUUCUCGAUAUAUUGAGUACUACUCUGGAUGGGGAUUCGUGGAAGGACUUAUCAAUCUUCUAUGGGAAGCUGCUGGACCAUCGAAGCCUUGGAGUUUCAUUGAACCGUUCACCGUUUUGAUUGAUGACGCUCUCACAACGACAACCUUUUUUCCGGCUCCCUUCCGUGACUACUUCUUCCGUUGGAGAUCGGGUUUUGAGCGUCAAAAGAUUCUCCCUAAUAAGCUGGCUGCAAAAUUGCUUGAAUACACCGACGAGAUUCGCUCUAAAUCCCUUCUCUCUUCAACCAAUGGACAUCCGAAUGCUCAUCGCUCCAAGAUUGAAAUUGACCAGACAAUUGUUGUUUCCAAUGGUUCUCCCAUCAAAAGACAUACGAUUACAGGAUCAUCCUCGGCUAUGAGAGAAGAAAUCGAGAACACGCGAAGUUUGAGAAAUCGGACACCGGUGAAAGCUGGACAGGAACCUGACAAUCUAACAACAACACCAACUCGUCGAGGACGGCCGAGAAGAAACGUUACACGGAGAGUCGGUGACACAGAUGAUGAGGGAUUUGAGUCAGGGACGGAAAAGAACUCUCAACGAGAGGCCUUCUCGAAAUGGUCAAACGAGAGAAAUCGGCAACAAUUGGGAGCGUUUUUCACAAGAAUUUUCGAUUCUGUCAUCUAUUCUUUCAAAUACAUCAAAGAUUUUGUGGCCAAAUUCUGUCGAAUCACCUUUUUACUGUUCGUGUGGACAGUUGAACAGAUUUGGAGCGGUUUUCAAACGAUUUUCAGCCCAAUACAAAAUGCUUUCUACUAUAUUUUCUACGGAAAGCAAACAACUGGUGGCUAUGAUCUCCGAUCUCGAUACAUACCGACAAAUGUUGGUGCAGAGGAUGAAACAUCAGCAAAUUUUCUCAAAAACACGGAAGGUCACGCUCUACGCGCUUACCGAAGCACAACAAACACUAUUAGCAGAGGAACCUCUUCUGCCAUUGGAGGCUUGUCAAAUGGAGCUAAAGAAGCAAAGAAAAAGAUCAAUGAUUGGUGGUGGAUAUUACCAUUGAUCCUUCUUCUUCUACUCCUUUUCUUUGCUGCUCGAAAUCCUCAAGUUCAAGAAAAAAUGCAAAACGUCCGAUCCUCAAUGCCAGUUGCUCUUCAGACAGCUUAUGACAAAACGGGAAACUUCUUUCAAUCAAUUUGGGGCUUCUUUACUGAUUGUGGAAAUAAAAUCGUGAAUGGAUUCAAAGACGUAUUAGGACGUGGAAAUACAUUCUUCUUCAACUUGGUCACUGGUUUUACACGAGUUAUCACUGAUUCGAUGACUUGGUUGGGUGAUAAAGUUGGUGCUUGUUUUGGAUGGGUGAAAACCGGCUCCACCUCGCUUUUUUUCGAAGCUUUCCGUUUUCUCGCGAAUUCCUUUCGAUCUGCUUUUGAUUUCUUUCAGACUGGAUUGAGCACAGUUUGGAGAUGGUUUCUGAGUUUCUGGGUAACCUAUGGCCCAUCUGGAGCUUUCGGUGAUGCUUUCAGCUACUCAUUUGGUACCGCAAAAACCGGAGUUUUAAUGAUCAAAGACUGGAUCUUCUAUAUCGUGAACUUUGCAAGUUCAACAUUUGUGACCGUUGCAAGUGGAAUCAAAGCCGGAUGGGAAGAGUCGAAGAGUCAUCCCACACCUCCACCCGUUCCCAAAGAGCCCGUCUUGCCCUAUACAGAAGAUAUCAAAAAGGAGCCUUUGAUCAUCGAUCAAUCACGAGAAAGACAGAUCUCUGAAGCCGAUAUCGACGCCAAGAUCCAGCGCACAGUGGCCUCAAUUCUUGAGAAUCAAGUUUCAACUCUUAUCGAGAAGAAAAUUGGCCUACUUCUCGCUGAUAUUAGGCACGAUUAUAUGUCAGCCAGCAAAAACCAAGCCUCUCAGAAUCAGGCCGAGCUCGAUUCAAUCAAAGCUCAACUGAAAGCUCUUCAAGAUAUCAAAGUCAGCAUUCUUGAACUACAAAAAACUGAAGGAACCUCUUUGGACAUGUCCUCAUUGGAAGCAAAAAUCAAUGCUGCCAUUUUAAAGUACAACUCAGAUAGAACCGGUAUCCCGGAUUAUGCUUUGGAGUCAGCUGGAGGAUCGGUUGUUUCAACGAGAUGCAGUGAGACCUAUCCACAAGCGAGCCGACUCGAGAAACUCUUCAACAUUCCACUCUGGUAUUCGAAUUAUGGGCCAAGGACGGUUAUUCAACGCUCAUCACCAGCUCUCGUGCCCGGAGAAUGCUGGGCUUUCACUGGAGGCGUCGGAUUUUUGACGAUCAAACUCGCUCGCCCACUUAGAGUCACCUCAAUCUCUUACGAACAUGUGGCAAAAGAAUUGACUCCCGAUGGGCAAAUCCAAUCAUCACCAAAGGAAAUGACGUUCUUUGCUUACAAAGAUGUGAAUGAUAUUCAAACGAGGGUGAAAUUGGGUGACUUUUUGUACAAGGACACUGGAGAUUCACUGCAAUUCUUCGAUAUUACUGUUGAUCCCGGUUUCCCAGUUGAAUACGUGGAAUUGCAAGUCGACUCAAACUAUGGCGCUCCAUUCACGUGUCUCUAUCGGCUACGAAUUCACGGAAAAACGAUGGGCCCCCAAACAGAUGAUGAUAUUCUUGUUCAUGAUGAACUU